AUGGCUUCUGUAGCUCAAUCCGACGUUGUGAGCUAUGACACCUUCGAGACGCUCGUAGCCUCUCAGAAUGCCGGUCAACUUCCUUCAGACCUCGAGAGCUUUUACCACUAUAUCAUCGCCCAGCCCGAAGGUGCUUCGGAUUUGGCUGCGUUAGCUGCCACCAGCGCAUCCCAGGCAAACCCUUCCACCAAUGCCGCUGAUGCUGCCGCUCCUGAGGUUAAAGCAGCGGGCUUCCGAAACGAGACCUCAGCAAAUGGUAGCGUCAUCAACCUUUGGGUUUACCAACGUGUCUACAUCAAUGCUCUUGGUAAAACAUGCACCAUCAACAUGGGUGGUAUCACACCGGGCUUUCCUGGUGGAGCAACAUUCGGUACGUUGUACUACGAUGAUGCAAGUGAUCUUAGUGGUGAUUGCGAUGUUGUUUUCACGGGAUUUAUAACAUACUACGCCCUUUACUUCCGCAGGAACGGUAACCUAUUUGCCACCUACCAGUCAGGAAAUGUCGGGGCGGCCACCGGUGUUGCAGGUGGUACAGGCAAUUGGGCUUAA